GAUUCUACUCAAGAACGUGAGGGUAAUAAAGAAAACAAUGCAUUUCUCUUAACUAAAAAACCAGAGUCUCACAAAUUAUCUAUGAAGGAUUUUAAAGUUGGUCAUGAGAUCGGAAAAGGUAAAUACGGACGCGUUCAUUUAGCUACAGACAAAUCGAGUGGAUAUAUCGUUGCUCUAAAGAUGUUGUUAAAACAAGAGUUAAAUCAUAGUAAACUCUUACAACAGUUAGAACGUGAAGUUGAAAUUCAAGGAAAUCUAAAUCAUUCUAAUAUCAUUAAAUUAUAUGGAUAUUUUCAAGAUGAAAAACGAGUAGUUAUGGUUUUGGAAUGGGCUCCUUUUGGAACUUUGUACUCUCAACUUAAAAGACAUAAGCGAUUUGCUGAAAAACAAGCGUCAAGAUAUAUCGCACAGAUUGCCAAUGCGUUAACAUACAUUCAUGAAAAUCACAUAGUUCAUCGAGAUUUAAAACCAGAAAAUUUGUUAAUCGAUAAACAAGGAGACCUCAAAUUAGCAGAUUUUGGCUGGGCUACUUAUGUACAAGAUUUUACGAGUUCACCACUUAAAACUAUUUGUGGUACUUUGGAUUAUCUCGCACCUGAAAUGGCUAAACGUCAGACUUAUAACGAGAAGGUGGAUGUGUGGGCACUUGGAAUAAUAUGUUAUGAAUUAUUGGUUGGUACUCCUCCAUUUGAAUCAAUAGGUUUCCAUCCGACAAUCAAUAGGAUUAUAUUCGAUGAAGUAAUGAUCCCGGAUUAUUUAUCAAGAGAAGCGAGUGAUCUAAUCACAAGGUUAUUACAAAAGAACCCUGAGAACCGUCCUUCAAUGGAACAAGUUUUAAAUCAUCCAUGGAUCCGUAUUUAUAAGAGUUCAACAUCUCAAAGUAAAACACAACAAAAUUUAACUGCUAGAUCCACAAAAAUGAAGUUCUCCAAGAUUAACUAA